GAAAUUUACAAAUUUGUGUAGUAAUAUCUGACAGAAAAGGAAAGAAAUCAAAAUCAAAAUCUGUGUACAGCUCAGAAAAUAUCAAAUUCUUAUCAAUUAAGCAAACUCACAGUAAUUCAGUAACCGAUAGUUUGAGUCCACUUCCCAUUAGAAUCAUCGAAGAUCUCUUUUAUAUUUCUGCUCCAUUUCUCUACACCAAAAAUCCCACAACUUGCUCAACAUGAUCACUUCCUCUUCCCUCAUCGGCCCACCGGCCGUAUCCGGCCAACCACCGCCUGAUCCACAAGAAGACCACCUCGAAACCUCCGUCGACCCACUGAUCACCCAAACCGCAAAUCUCGAUUUAACCGGAAAACCGCCAAUGGGUCUGACUGAAAACCAGUCUCCGACGUUUCUCUCAACGGGUAACCCUUGUCUUGAUUUCUUUUUUCACGUCGUACCCGAUACACCGUCUGAAGAACUGAUCCAACGGCUAGAAUUGGCUUGGAAUCACGACGCUUUGAUCACUCUAAAGCUCGUGUGUAAUCUUCGGGGAGUUAGAGGUACCGGUAAGUCUGAUAAAGAAGGGUUUUAUUCUGCUGCGUUUUGGCUUCACGAACACCACCCGAAAACACUUGCUUUGAAUCUCAAAUCUUUGUCUGAUUUUGGGUAUUUUAAAGAUUUUCCUGAGAUUCUUUAUCGGAUUAUUGAAGGGUUUGAGGUUAGAGAAUUGGAGAAAAAAGAAUGGCUCCAAAGAAAACGAAAGAAAAAACAGAACAAAAGAGGCUCCAAGAAAGGGAAAUUUAAUCAAGAAAAUCAAGAAAUUAAAGAAACGGUUCAAAGUUUCGAAACCUUUCAGGAGACUGCAAGAGUGUUAAGGAAAGAAAGAGAGGCUGCUAAAGCUCUAAAAGCUUUAAACAAGUACAAAUUUGAUGCGAAUUAUCGGUUUUUAUUUGAUUCCGUUGCUGAUUUGUUUGCAGAGUUGCUGAAAUCUGAUCUUGAGGCUUUGAAAUCAAACCAAUAUUCAAAAAUCACGCUGGCUGCGAAAUGGUGUCCUUCGAUUGAUUCGUCGUUCGAUAAAGCUACGUUGAUUUGUGAAGCGAUUGCUCGGAGGAUUUUUCCCCGUGAGAGCUACGAGGAGUAUAGAGAAAUGGAAGAAUCGCAUUACGCGUUUCGUGUUCGAGACAGGUUAAGAAAGGAGGUUUUAGUUCCAUUGCAUAAAGUUUUGGAAUUGCCUGAGGUGUAUAUGAGUGCAAGGCAAUGGAAUUCGCUUCCGUAUAAUAGAGUUGCUUCUGUAGCAAUGAAAACAUAUAAAACCUUGUUUUUGAAACAUGACGAGGAGAGAUUUCAGGAGUAUUUGGAAAAUGUAGCGAGCGGGAAGGCGAAAAUCGCAGCAGGAGCGUUGCUUCCUCAUCAGAUAAUCGGCGCGUUGAAAGAUGACGAUGGAGGGAAAGUUGCUGAGCUUCAAUGGGCAAGAAUGGUUGAUGACAUGGCUAAGAAAGGUAAGCUAAACAAUUGCAUUGCUGUUUGUGAUGUUUCAGGUAGUAUGGACGGUAUUCCAAUGGAGGUGUCUGUAGCUCUUGGGCUGUUAGUUUCUGAGAUGAGUGAGGAGCCUUGGAAAGGAAAGGUAAUUACUUUCAGUGAAAAUCCUGAAAUGCAUUUGAUUGUUGGAGAUUCAUUGCUCGAAAAAACCGAGUUUGUUAGGAAUAUGCAUUGGGGUGGGAAUACAGAUUUUCAGAAAGUGUUCGAUAGGAUUUUGAAUGUUGCAGUUGAAAACAAGUUGAGUGAGAAUGAAUUGAUCAAAAGGGUUUUUGUUUUUAGUGAUAUGGAGUUUGAUUCUGCUUCUGGACAUUACACUGGUUUUUGGCAUUUGAAUUCAUGUCGAGAUUCCGGAAGUGAAGAGAAGGAGAUGCAUAAAAGUGGAUGGGAGACUGAUUAUGAAGCUAUACAGAGGAAAUUUAAGGAGAAAGGGUACAAUUCGGUGCCGGAGAUUGUGUUUUGGAAUCUGAGGAACUCAUCAUCUACUCCUGUGGUGGCUAAGCAGAAUGGAGUUGCUUUGGUUAGCGGGUUUUCUAAGAAUCUGUUGACUCUGUUCUUGGAAGAAGGUGGGAUUGUAAAUCCUGAAGAGGUGAUGAAUUUAGCCAUUGCUGGUAAAGAGUACAAAAAACUUGCUGUCUAUGAUUGAGUUUCUUUUGCUUUGAGUCAAGGUUUAGGUUACUCUCAGUAUCUUCUUAGUUUUUAGUCUCAGUUUGCUGGACCAGCAUCUGUUUCAAGGUUUUUGAAUUUAUUUUUACUAGCAUGCAAACUUCAAUUUACUUUCAUUUUAUGUUUUA